UGAAAGGAGAAUGCUGUCCGUUCCUUACUCUGUAAAAGUUCCGGCUGUUGAAGUGUUUUAAUGUUUGUUUAGUGACGUUAGAAGAGCGGAGACUGUGAGAAAACCGGACACAUCACCAACACGCCGCCAUCUUACCACCUGCGAACUUUGAACUAUGACCUAGAACCGUCUGACCUAUGACCUUUCAGAUCAGGAGAGGCCACAUGUGUCCUGGAGCUAAGUCUCCUUUUCGUGUCCGUAUUAUCACCGUUAAUCGUUAUCAAAAGCAGGAUCUUUCAGAAAACUCUGAAAUUAAAGUGUUGUAGACAGAGAGGGCAAAAGGCCUACUUCAGUAUUUUUACCAAACCAUGUCAAAUGAGGAGUCAACAUCUAAAGAUCACAAAGAUCUCAAGGCACAGGAGAAGGGAUGUAGAGGAGCAGAAGAAAAAGUUCUCAGGCACUCCACAGAACUUCUACAGAUUGGAACAGGUUCCCACCCAAGUUCCUUGUUGCUCCAGAAGAAGUCUCCAAAAGUUCCAGGCUCCUUGGAGACGUUCCGACCUCAGCCAUCCGCAGUGCUGAGCAGUGUGAAGAGGUUCCUGCCACAGCUGUCAGCCGCUAAUGAACAGCUGCUGACAGCAGCACCUGGGCAGCUGGACAUCCAGAAUGUGGAGGAUUGUGAGGGUCCUGUCAUAGAGAUGGACCUGGCACUGAUCGCCACAGGUGAGGACUCAUCAUCAUCAUCAUCAUCAGAAUCAUCCUCAGAAGAAGAAGAAGAAGAAGAGGAGGAGGCAGGAGGGCUGAAUGGAGACAGCCAAUCAGACAAGAACACAGGACUGAUGGGGGAAGUGACAGAACAGAACAUGAGGCUUGGAAAGGACUCCAGAGUCAGGAAGAGACCAAAGAUAGAGGAGUUAGGGAGCGACCAGCCCAGGAGAUAGCACAUGAUAGCAUCUCUGUAGACUGUGUAGAGUUAACUUUUCAUUUCAUAAUUCAUAAAUCAGCCUAAAUCAUAUAUUUAGUUAAAAGUCCCCAUGUUAUAUGGUACUUGGUUUCAAAUUCAUGUUGUUUAAUUUGAUAAAAAAGACUUU